CAGCUGUUCACCCGGAGGCGAGGAGUCGAGGGGUCAGCGUAAGCCAAUAAUCAAGGAUCAGGUCAUCAAUACCUUCGAUUAAUCUGAAACAAGGAGCGAAAACGUACGCUCCCACCUCAUCCGCUUUUGUUCUCGAUAACUUCGCGAGCAUCGCCCCCCAGCAACAAAAAUUGCGGAAGCAUCGAAUGAGAUGCGAAGCGCUCUCCAUAAACAUCAGGCCGAUUCCGGGAGCGUCGCCACGGCUACCACGGCUAUCGGCAGAGAUGCAAGAGAUGUGUUGAGCUCCAACGUUGGCAGUUGUGGAAGAUCACCCAUCGUUGAUUUCUUCGCUUCUGUCUGGGAAAGGCAGCCCAAGAUGGACUAUGACGUUCACGUCAUCAAGGAGGGCUACUCGCUGAUGAGCAACGAUGGUCGCACCAUGGUUGCCAAUGGGACGUCCACGCUUGUUAGAGGGACCGGAUUCAACGUCAUCGUGGACACCUUGUCGGCGUGGGACAAGGAUUUUCUCAUUGAAAGUCUGUCCAAGCUGGGUUUGUCCUGUGACGAAGUCAACUACGUGGUCUGCACUCACGGCCAUUCGGACCACAUCGGGAACCUCAAUCUCUUCCAGAGGGCCACCCACAUCAUAGGAACCAGCGUGUCCAAUGGGGACGUCUAUCAGCUGGACACAUUUGACAAGGACGAGCCCUACCGCAUUGCCACAGACGUCCAAAUAAUUCCUACACCAGGACACACCCUGUCCGACGUGAGCGUCAUCGUGAAGACUGCCAAGCUCGGGACUGUUGCCAUAACAGGUGACCUGUUCGAGAAGGCAGAAGACAUCGACGACCCCAGGAUCUGGAGAGAGGUGGCCGGCAGCGAAGACCCCAAGCAGCAGGUCAAGAGCCGGCAGAUGAUACUGCACAUUGCAGACUUCGUCGUUCCCGGACACGGCCCAAUGUUCAAGGUGACCGACGCCAUGCGGGAAAAGCAUCUAGAGCUCCUGGACUGUACAGUUGCCGAUGGCCUCGAGUGACGCCGGCGUAGAGUCAUUGGUCGGCGUCUCGAUUCCUGUGAUGCUAGGCAUGCCAAAUCGGUGUGACGCGAGCGAAGCUGAGCUUGUGCCUUGCGUGCCUUCAAUUACUCCGUUCGGCGUUGAGUUGAUGCCGCAUUGAGGGCUACAAAAUGUUUUCGCUUCACUGUCAGCUCGCACGAACGAGGGUAUAGCUAUCUCAUUUUUAUAGGUACUAGUAUUUCUCGGAUGGCAUUUCUAUUUGUUAUUUUGCGGACAGCGAGUUUUGAGAUGAGGCAUUUUGGCUUAGAAGGGGCUACUAGGAUGGUGCCUGUUUUGAGAUCAAUAUCACAGUGACGGCAGAGUAAGAGCAGUUCUAUACAUUUUCCCACUGGGAUUAAGGAGUGCAGUGAAGAUAUGCACCCAUUUGUGCUUAACCUGAGGAGUAAACACCUCAACUCUCCUAUGUAUGGUGCAAAAAGGCACAGAGAAGAAAUGUGGAUGGGAUGUACACUUAUACAGCUCUGUCAAAUUAUGUCUGCUGACAUAAAUAUUGCAUUCAUUUUUUUUUGUGUGGGGAAAUUAAUUUAAUUGAAAAUGUGUACCAGUGAGGCAGUUUUCAAAAGAUUUUUUUGGGGGAGCGCUGUAUCUUCUUAAUUUGCUCACCAUAUCACAAGUUCUAAGCUUUGUCUACUGCAUUUGUGAUCACACGGAGUCCGCAUACCAAUCUUCGGUUUUGUAUCAGUGUGGGGGCGAGUUCAUAAAAUAAUAUGCGCAUUGCACAGGGAGUUGGAGACCGAUUUCCUCCAGCACAGAUUUUCCAAAAUGUUGGUAGCCUUAGUAAUUAGUGGUUACUGCAUGCUUGGGAAUUCCAGCAGACAAUAAUGUAAUGAGUUGCUUAGCAGGCUCAAGGUGAAACUUUUCCAUCAUGCAAUAUGCAUUCCAUGAUUUUUCUUUAAAAAGGCCUCAGGUUAUACUUUCAACUGUGAUGUAUAGGACGUUCCCGGGGAAAAAAAAAUGUACAGGGUAUUUUUCACCGCAAAUUAAACUACGCAUUGCUGAACGCUCAAUCUCCGCCCCAAGGUGGCGCUAGAGGUCCGUACCAAAUGCCAAAGGUUCAGCACGAACCCAUAUUUUAUUCAAAAGUUAUAAGCGAGUUUCUGAAAAGUUCAAUGGGAAAACGGUGGCUGACGGAGCUCUCAAAUACACGGAGCUCUAUGAGGACAGAAACCGAAAACGGGCAAAAAUGGGCCCCAUUUUCCCGUUGAAUUUUUCAAAAAAAUCAUUUAUAACUUUUGAAUAAAAUAUUGCUUCGUGCUGAAACUUUGCCAUCUGCUUCGGACCUCCAGCACUACCUGUGGGUGGAAAAUGAGCGUUUGGCGUUGCAUAGUUUACUUUUGCAAUGGAAAAAACCCUGCAAAUUUUUUCGGGGACACCCUGUGUGUUGAAGAUUAUGCAUGAAUUUCUUUUUUGUCGUGGCAUUAGUAUCUCUGGAACUGCCUCCUCUGUGAGGUGGACAGUGGCCACUGGAAUAUAUGGCCCGUAGAGUUUAGUAUCCAACAUAAUUUAAUUGUCAUUAAUGUUUUUGCUGCUCACUUAUAGAGAAAUCUCUGUCUCAGCAUACUGAGUGAAAAUUGUAUAUAUUUUUGUGAAUAUUUAAGUUCCAAACUGUGAGAUUGAGUAUUGUGUGACAUACUCUGUGAAACCAAUUUCUAGAGCGAAUAUCUUCAAGUUAUCAUUGCCUUUUUGGCAGGUGUCUGAAGGGAUCUGUAAAGUCUAAGUCUUUAUUCUUCUUGUUUACUGGUAGUUUUUAACUCUUUCCUGACCAUGCCCAUAAGCCGUCGAUCCCCGGUGAUCGAUGGUUUCCAAGCGUCGUCAAAAAUCAAAUUUAGUGCAGAGAAUUAUGUUUUUCAAUCUCGCAAAUAACCGAAGAACUGUAGUUUCAGUUUCAACAUAGGUUUUAGCUUGAUCACAAGUUGGUAUGCCGUCAAAAAUAGCCCUGGGAACGGUGGUUGCACUUGUCUAACAUGGCUAACUGCUUCCAUCAGUCUUCAUCACAAAGAUGGCAUUAUUUACAUAAUUCAACUGUAUUGGAGCAUAUUUUUUAGAGCUCAAGAGCUCUGGAGAUACUUUAAAUGGUGUUUUAGGCAUCACAGGUGGAUGUCGGUAAACAUCACUAUAAUUUCCAAUGCUGUCUGUCCUCUGCACAUUUUAUGUUCCCAACAAGGCAGACAAAAAUGCUAAAUAUGAACGACAUGCAAUCAAGGCUAUGAUAAAACCAAGGUAGAACACAAAGAAAGCAUUCUUCCGGGGUUUUGAGGUGUACUAUACGUGUUUCACCAAUAUAAGCAUUAAUUCGUUGAAAAGCACACAUGUUACAGAGGCUAGCUCUUCGACGAAUCAAAAAUAGACAAUGUCAGUUAGAGUACACUAACUCCAAGAAGUAAUGGCCGUGGGUGUGAAACACGUCUUGUAUAUUCAGAAUUUUUUUAAUUUGUCAUUUUGAUUUGACAUAGCUGUAGAAGUUUUGACGUUAAUAUGCCUUCUGCACAUACAUUGUAUUUUCAAGAAAUUACAUUUUAAAAUAUUUUCCCCACAUUACACCGACCUCUGUUCCUUUUCAAAGAAAAACCAAUUGGUCACAUUUUGAUGUGUCAUAUUUCUGCAUAUGCAUGGGCAGAUAAGAAUGGUUGCACAGGUCCUUUGAGAAUUGCUGCUUUUCCCAUGGUCAGGAAGGGGUUAAAAGUACUUGAUUCAAUAUGAGUCGGGGCUAUGCCUUUAUUGAUAUCAGCUUCAUUGCAUGGUGGGUUUAAUUCCUGCCAAUGAUAGAUUUGUUGUUCUCUUCCACUUUGGGCCUAUGGUUGGAGGAUAUUCACUAACUUGUGGCCGAGAAAAGCGCUGUUUGGGUUCUGAUUCUUUAUGUAUGAUAAUUUAAGAAUAAUUAUUCAGGUUUUUUCUUACAUCUUUGAAUGAUAAGAUCAUCAUUUGCUUAUCUAAAAAAAAAAAAAAAACUUUUUUUUUUUUUUUUUAAGAACUGCUCAACAUUGCAAGUUGGCCAAAAAGCACGAUUUUCGAUGCUUAUAUUUUGGGGCAAACAAGUUUUGACAGUAACUACAGAAAAACUGCAAAUAAUGGUAACUGCCUCCUACACUUGUCAGUGCAGCUUGCUCAUGUGGAAUAAGUAGGAGAAGUUGACAAUUUAUGGAAGUGGAAAAAAAAUUCACUAUUGCGUGUCUUUUUGACCAGUGCCCAAAAUAAUUCCCAACUUUUUUUUACACAUACUAUGCUACAUUUUUGCUACUACACAUUACACCUGCAUAUCUUGUAUUGUGCCAGAGUACCCAGUGUACUGGCUUUUCUACUGCAACUUUUUGUAUGCCACCUUGUUAAGAUGCAUCUUGCUAUGCAAGUGAAGCGAACAAUGCUAUAUCGUUUUGUAUCCAUUUUUUAUGUGGAGCGGCGUAUCUCCUGCGGUCUGCAUAGACGGACUUUUGAUACCAUGCUUUCUUGCGUUUAUAGAAUGUGCGGACCAUUGUGUGUAAUUAGCAGUGCCCUAAACAGGGUUUUGACUUGAUCCUCAUGCAGGGUCAACUCUAAACUCCGUUUCACCUUACAAUGAACCGCAGCGAAAGCUACGAGUCGUCCCAGUCAGUCCAGUGCUAUGAACGCGUCGCGUAGCCAUGCACUCGGCGUGUCACUGCGCUUCACCCAGAAGUCAUGUGGCACUCUCAGGGCGUUGGAUUGGUUUCGAUGGCUUGUGCAUCCUCUGCGGGCCAUCGUAUGGGGAAACGAUGUAAGCUUAGCAGGGUGGGAACAAAAAUCAUGAUUUUUUAAAAAUAAUAAAUAAAUCAGAUUUAGUUUUAUAUAAAUUACCGUAGCUAGAAAAAAAAAUUUGUCGCUAUAUGUAUUUCUAAACAUGGCAGAUUGAUCUAUCAAUCUGUUCAAUCACUGAAAACAACACGGAAGAAAGGGUUACUGUACAUUUAAGCUUUUUAAGUAAAUUUGAUGAACAACUUUUUUAUGACAUAAACCUGCCAUACUAGAACAAAAACAGCUUAUUUUUUUAGUUAGUGAAAAAGCUGUAUUUGCUUUUUCUUUCGUGUUGAGAUUUGCUUGCAAUUGGACAUUCCUUUUCUUGUUUUCAUUUCUUUCACGUUUUGAUUUGCUUGCCAUGGGACAUUAAGUGACACAAACUAUGUUGAACUUAGAAGAAGAGCUCGACGCUCUGAUUGGCUGAGAAGAGUUGUUCACUUGAUCAUUUGAUUUCAAUAUGAAACAAGCGCACCCUGAAAGCUUUAUAUGAUAGAAAAACGUCACAUGAAAAGUAGUUUGGGAAUUAUUUCUGCGGGAAAGGUUAGAUUUAAAUCAUCACAGUAAAACCGGUGUGAUCUAAAUCACGAUUUGAAUUAUGAUUUAGAAAACUAUUUAUAUUGUCUUGAUUUUUAUUCUCCACCCUGAUGCUGGGCUUUCAUUUGUCUCUUGGGCAAAAUCCUGUUUGUUGCAGCUUUCAGGUAAUAACCUCGAGAACAGGUCUGAGGAAAAACACUGGUGUGAUUUUGUGCUUCGCGCAUAUAAGUACUUGAAUGGAUGUGUGUUGAGCAAUAGGGGGGCUGCUUCAAUGUCAUUUAUUGUUCCUCGAGUGCCCAUCCUUUUGAUUAUGCGUGCAUUUAAUAAAAGUGCAUAGACUCUGGAUAA